AUGUCGACUCAAUCUCCUACUCCCCCCACACCAAAGGGGCCUCGCAGUAAUAACAACCGUCGCAACCAGAAGAAAAACACAACUCCUUAUACACAGAAAGUCGCCCUCUUGACAACCCCGCCGUCGUCGCCUCCGAGAAAUUUGAGCCCUGGGGGAACAACUACUGAUUCAUCAAACAACGCCAAUCUAUCUAAGAAAAAGAAUGGACGGUCUGCGAAGAAGCCACGGGAUGCACCUAAAGCGUCCCCGGCACCUAAUAAUGCUCAUCGACAUACGUCUUCGCAUCCAAAUUCCACCACGCCUCAAAUGAGAGACAGCCCUCAUUAUGCAGGCCCGACUUUCCAUGCAUCGCCGGCACCCUCUGCCCUCCCAAUGCCAAGUUUCUUCUCGAAAUCUAUGCCUGAUCCAGACCUCCCCCCGGCGAUCGAAACAGACAGCGACAACCAAGAAACCGAGCCAGAACCCGACUUUGAAACUACUCCUUCGAAACCGAAAUCGCGCCCUCAUCGCAACGAACAGGAGCCUAAAUCGACACCCUUGGAUUUCCUCUUCAAGGCUGCUGUUGAGGCUAGGAACUCAUCCAAUGCACAGCGCAGUCCUGAAGCUAUCAGCAGAAUUCGCUCUCCUCAGACCGAUUCCAAGGCUCUCCCACAGCGCAAACACAACGGCAUGGCUGGCGGUAUGUUUCCACUGGAGAUGGAAAACUCAGAUAUGUGCAGUUCGCAGAUCGGUCCUUCAUUUGCAACAUCUUAUAAAGAUCGCAUGAAUGCACUGCGGUCCGCUAGCACUCCAUCCCAAUUCACGACCAAUUUUGAAGAGGAUGAACGGCGGGCUAAAACCGAAGCUUUGAAGAGUCUGCUACUCAACCCUCGUCCCCAGCGGCCCUCGUCUGCGUCGCCUAUCGUUCCCAAUCAAGCUACGAGCUUCAAAGAGCCCCCGAAUGGUAGUCCGAACGUGCCUCACUUCGCGACUCCACUACGAACUACUUCAGGCCCGCCAGCCACCCUUUCUCAUGGGUUUUCAUACGAGCAAAAGCAACCAGCGGUUGGGAAUGGUGUACACUAUUCCUACCCGUAUGCACAAAUGAGUAGCCCUCAGCAAUUUUCCUCACCUUAUGCGACUUACAAUCAACCCAACUUCGUCAAGCUUUACCCACAACAUCCAAUGUAUGAAACUCCGACUGAAACACGAGCCAUGCCGGCGACGAAUCCGUCUUCGCAGACUCUUGAUACCAAAAAAAUGGAAGAUGAUUUACGGAAAAUCUUGAAACUUGAUGUGAACCCAGGUAUUCCAUCAAGUGGCGUUCAGAGCUCUUUCGCCUGA